GGUCAGCCAGAGCUUCCCUUCCCAGUCCUCUCAGGAGGACCGUGCCCAGCUGGCCAUGUCCUCUCGGGCCCCGGCGGUGGGUCUGCUCCUCGCUCUGAUCUGGGCCACCACCCACGGCAACCUCUACGAGGGUCACUCCUUGGGGUCGCCAUGCCUCUCAGGCCAGCCCUGCACGCUCGCCUUCAUCUCCGACAACCCCGUGAUCCUGCACUGCCCUCAUGCCCUCUACGGGGCCUUGGUCACCUGGCAAUACCUCGACCCGGCGUGGGGGGAUGAGCGGCCGGUCACCUUCCUGCGCUCCAGGGGCCCCUUCUGGCCACUGCUCAACCACGCCAAGCUGCGGAGGCUCCAGUUCAAGUCACGGCUCGUCGCCGGCAACCUGUACAUCCCGCUCCCCAGCGUGGGGGAUUCCGGGCUCUAUACCUGCCGCUUGGGCGAGGCCACGGUGGCCUAUUACCACGUGGAUUUCCAGGACGCCGGGCACAUCCACGUCUCGCACGCCGCCCUCCAGGAGGCCCCUCUGGGCAACAGCACGGUGGCGCUGGAAGGCGGAGAAGAGGCCCGGCUCUUCACCUCCUGGAGCGCCUGGCAGCCCUGCGACCGCUGCGGCGGCCCCGGAGAACGGAAGCGGGUCGGGUUCUGUUACGCCCAGGUGACCCGGGAGGGCCGAGAGGCGGACGAGGAAGGGCUGCCCUGCGGGAUGGUCCGGAAGAAGCACCCCAGCCUCCCCCAACGGGGGCCGGACCUGAGAGUGGAGAGCUGCCAGGUGGCCUGCGACGAGUCGUACCCGCUGGCCAAAGACGACCCCAACGCGGUGCCCUUUCUCGUCUUUACCACCUUCCACCCCCAGCUCAAGGCCAUCGCUCACCUGCGCUGCCCAACCUCUUCCAUUUACAGACCUGUUUACUGGCAAGAAGGUCCCACCACUCUGACACGCCUUGACCUGCUCCAGAAGAACAGCUCUCUCAGCUUGGACAAAGCCACUGGUGGUGGGAUUCUGCGCCUCUCCAUCCAGAACUACUCACACAGCGCUUUUUACCAGUGUUACGUCAAUGGGCAUUUGGUGGGCAGGUUCUUAAUCACCUCUCCCAGCACCUUGCCUCGUUCUGGGGAGCUGACCCACACCUACUCCGUCAUCGAAGCGCUGGUUGUGGGGCUCUCCAUCUUCCUUGUCUUCUUGAUGUUCCUCAGCAUCAUCCAGUCCUGCAGGAGGAAACCAGGAACCACCAUGGUCUGAAAUGUGGCGUCUGGAGCUUCAUGGACACCCUAAAAAGGGGAUGUGGUUUGUUGACUAAUAAAGAUAAUUGACAGGUA